AUGUUUGAGAGACUGGUGCAGAAGGCUGAGCUCACUCGUUUGUCUCACACCUUCCUCCAUGUUCCUCAGCUGCACUGGAUCGUGGUGGAGGACGCUCCUCAGCCAACUCCACUCGUCACAGAUUUCCUGGCUGCAUCUGGCUUGACCUACGCCCAUCUACACAAGCUUACCCCCAAAGAUAGGAAGCUGCAGGAGGGUGAUCCCAGCUGGCUGAAGCCCCGGGGGGCUGAGCAGAGGAACGAGGGUCUGCACUGGCUCAGGGAGAUGGGCGCUGCUGCUGAGGGAAAGGAAGCGGCUGCCCUCGAGGAGGCUGUGGUGUACUUUGCUGAUGAUGACAAUACAUAUAGCCUGCAGCUUUUUGAAGAGAUACGGUACACAUACCGUGUCUCUGUGUGGCCUGUGGGUCUGGUGGGCGGGAUGAAGUUUGAGCGGCCCGUUGUGGAGGAUGGGAAGGUUGUGCGUUUCCACACUGGUUGGCAUCCCAACCGCCCGUUCCCCAUCGACAUGGCUGGUUUUGCAGUGUCCCUGAGGUUGAUACUGACCAAUCCCCAAGCACGAUUUGACGGUGAUGCUCAGAUGGGCUUCCUGGAAAGUAGCUUCCUUCAGCACCUGGUUACUAUGGACGACCUUGAACCCAAAGCAGACCUGUGCUCUAAGGUGCUGGUGUGGCACACCCGAACUGAGAAGCCAAAGAUGAAGAGGGAAGACGCUUUGCAGAAGCAAGGGUUGGGUUCAGAUCCGGAUGUGGAGGUGUGAGCACCACCUCCUCAGAACAUGCCUGAACUUCACCAAACAUCCACACUUCCACUGACCAAACCGAUUCUCUCAUUUAUAUGGCAAGAGGUGAAACAAACGACACUCUGAAAGUGUGGUUUCUGGGCCACACACCAAAGACAUGAGGAAUGAGGAAAGGAACUGAUGAAUGCAGGGAUAAAAAGUGCAAGAGACAGAAGCAAAGGAACCGGCAGCCUAAAAGAAAAUGGAUUUCUAUAAAUCAUCAUGCAUCCCAUAAACCAUCCUUAUCAUUGGUACACUUUAACAGUAUUUAAAGAGAAUUGUACAUAUGGUAUCAAUCAGUAAGAUGUAUUUAUAUGUAUAUAUAGAUUAGAAACGUAAUUGUAUAGUGUGAGGUUUGCUUGGAAUAUAUUUAUAACUCAUGUCUAUGCUGUCCAUGUCUCUGUUACCUUCAGUCUGGUGUACUUGUCUUAUGUCUUCACAUAAUAUCUUAAAGUCUUAAGACAUUUUCUUCACUGAUAAAUGGAGGAUAUAAAUAGGUCAGAUAUGGUGUCUAUUUAUGCCAUUAACAAUCUUUGUUGAAUCACAAUGGUGUGCUUAUCUUUAAUCCAGUGGCAUGUUGUGUACGUGGCACUGGUAAAGCUUCAGGUGACAGAGUGUAAAGUACAGAUUAUGUUACUUGACCCUUUGAAGCAAAGGGUGAAAACGUAUAGAAUCGGUGAUGUAGAAAUGUAGAUGGCACAAGAACGUAGCGGACAAGUUCGGUUUUAUCACAGUUGGUCAGAUUCCAUGUGCUGGGAAAGUUUUCUAUUUUAUUGCUUUAGAAAUCUACAUGUUUUACUGAAUCCAAAUGUUAAGAACAUAAGGAUGUAAAGAUAUCGAGCAGGAAGAGUCGGCUCUGUGCCAGUUCAAGUGAAGUGAAGUGGCCACAACUCACAAGUUGUUUAUGUAAAGUGCAAAAGUCAGAGCAUUUAGAUUUUUAACAAUAACUUGUAAACUAUUAAAUACAGAUGAGGUUGUUAAUCUUGAAGUUUUUAUAUGGUUUUGUUGAAGCCAUCAGCAUUAUUUCUACUUAUUUUUUUUAAAUAAUCAUGUUCAACGGUACUGGUGAAAAACUACAUUACCCAUGAUUCUGCAAAGAAAUCUGAGAAUCGCAACAUGCUAAUAUUGCCUACAUAAUAGUCAGUCUGCCUAUGAUUUCAAACUACUUAAAUAUUUGUGUAUAUAAUGUACCUUUUAUAAUAAAUUGAAAAACUGUUUCUUCAUAUCCAACAUCUUCCUGUAGUUCAAACUUUAGAACAUGGUGCUAGCAAUGCCAAGGAUUAAAAUUGAAUUGAUUUGAAUUCAACAUAAGUUGCUUUGGAUAAAAACGUCUGCCAGAAGCAUAAAUAUUUCUCCAUUUUUCUCGUAUUAAAGCUGUCAAGUACUCAGUUU